AUGCUGUCCUCUCGCAUCACCCGCGCGCUCCCGCGCACCACUCCUUUCGCUCGCGCUCCCGCUUUCAGAGUCCCCGGUGCUGCCGCUCGCAGAUGGAACUCCACCGAGGGUGGUGAGGAGAAGGUGAAGGGCCAGGUCAUCGGUAUUGACUUGGGUACCACCAACUCCGCUGUUGCCGUCAUGGAGGGCAAGACCCCCAAGAUCAUUGAGAACACCGAAGGUGCCAGAACCACUCCUUCCGUUGUUGCUUUCGCCCAGGACGGUGAGCGUCUGGUCGGUAUUGCCGCCAAGCGUCAGGCCGUUGUCAACCCCGAGAACACUCUCUUCGCCACCAAGCGUCUCAUCGGUCGCAAGUUCACCGACGCUGAGGUCCAGCGUGACAUCAAGGAGGUCCCCUACAAGAUCGUUCAGCACACCAACGGCGAUGCCUGGGUUGAGGCUCGUGGCCAGAAGUACUCUCCUUCCCAGAUUGGUGGUUUCGUCCUCAACAAGAUGAAGGAGACUGCCGAGAACUACCUCAGCAAGCCCGUUAAGAACGCUGUCGUCACUGUCCCCGCCUACUUCAACGACUCCCAGCGUCAGGCCACCAAGGACGCCGGUCAGAUCGCUGGUCUCAACGUUCUCCGUGUCGUUAACGAGCCCACUGCCGCCGCUCUUGCCUACGGUCUUGAGAAGGAGGCCGACCGCGUUGUCGCCGUCUACGAUCUUGGUGGUGGUACUUUCGAUAUCUCCGUUCUGGAGAUCCAGAAGGGUGUUUUCGAGGUCAAGUCCACCAACGGUGACACCCACCUUGGUGGUGAGGACUUCGAUAUUGCCCUUGUCCGCCAGAUUGUCCAGCAGUUCAAGAAGGAGUCCGGCCUGGACCUCUCCGGUGACCGCAUGGCUAUCCAGCGUAUCCGUGAGGCUGCUGAGAAGGCCAAGAUUGAGCUGUCUUCUUCUCUCCAGACUGAGAUCAACCUUCCUUUCAUCACUGCUGAUGCCAGCGGUGCCAAGCACAUCAACCACAAGAUGACCCGUGCCAGCCUCGAGUCCCUGGUUGACCCUCUCAUCAGCCGCACCGUUGAGCCCGUCCGCAAGGCCCUCAAGGAUGCCAACCUGCAGUCCGGUGACAUCCAGGACAUCAUCCUGGUCGGUGGUAUGACCCGUAUGCCCAAGGUCACCGAGUCCGUCAAGUCCAUGUUCGGCCGUGACCCCGCCAAGUCCGUCAACCCCGAUGAGGCUGUCGCCAUCGGUGCUGCCAUCCAGGGUGCCGUCCUUGCUGGUGAGGUCACUGACGUCCUUCUGCUCGAUGUCACUCCCCUCUCUCUCGGUAUUGAGACCCUUGGUGGUGUUUUCACCCGUCUGAUCAACCGCAACACCACCAUCCCCACCAAGAAGUCCCAGACCUUCUCCACCGCCGCUGAUUUCCAGACCGCUGUCGAGAUCAAGGUCUUCCAGGGUGAGCGUGAGCUCGUCAAGGACAACAAGCUCCUCGGAAACUUCCAGCUUGUUGGUAUCCCCCCUGCCCACCGUGGUGUUCCCCAGGUCGAGGUUACCUUCGACAUUGAUGCCGACUCCAUCGUCCACGUUGCCGCCAAGGACAAGUCCACCGGCAAGGACCAGUCCAUCACCAUUGCCUCCGGCUCCGGUCUCUCCGACUCUGAGAUCCAGUCCAUGGUCGAGGAUGCUGAGAAGUACGGUGCUCAGGACAAGGAGCGCAAGGCUGCUAUUGAGGCUGCCAACCGCGCCGACAGCGUCGUGAACGACACUGAGAAGGCUCUCAAGGAGUUCGAGGACCGCCUUGACAAGGCCGAGGCCGACCAGAUCCGCGAGAAGAUUGCCACCCUCCGCGAGUUCAUUGCCCAGAACCAGUCCGGUGAGGGCACUGCCACCGCUGAGGAGUUCAAGCAGAAGACCGACGAGCUCCAGAACGCCAGCUUGACCCUCUUCGACAAGAUGCACAAGGCUCAGUCCGAGCAGCAGCAGCAGCAGCAGAGCGGUGAGGGCGAGAACAAGGCCUAA